ACAAUUAUACGAUAUAUAUUCUAUCAAAAAUCUAUUCACAGGCCUAGAAAUGCAAUAACAAGCAAGUGGAGAAAGUAAUUUUGUAAUACAAUAAAUACACAAAUUUAAAGAAAGAGAAUUUAAUAUUUACUUAAAACAUUUGUUUCAUACAUGUCAAAAACUGAAAAAAAAAAUCCAUCAAAAAAAGGAAUAUAACAGCAAAUCAGAGCCUGUAAAUCACAAAAUAAAUUCAUGCUUAUCAAAAUAAUAAAAUAAUAUUGAAAAAACUUAAGCAAAACGCCUGAACCCUUCCUAUAAAUACCACCCUAAAUACCACACUAACACAUCCACAACCACCUCUCUCUCUCUAUAGUAAUAUUACAUAUCAUUAUAAUUAUUCCUUUUUGCCAUUCUUGUUUUUGUUUCACUUCCUUUAAGCAAUGGAAAUGAACAACAGCAAUGAGAACAUUGUAAACAAUGACAACAGAAACACUCAAAGCAGGAGGAUCAACAGGGGAAGGCGUAGGGUAUCAAUGACGAGGAUGACGAACGAGAGCAAUCUCCAAGUGACAUUCUCGAAGAGGCGCUCUGGUCUCUUCAAGAAAGCUAGUGAGCUUUGCACCCUUUGCGGUGUACAGAUAGCCAUAAUAGUUUUCUCUCCCGGAAGUAAGGUUUACUCGUUUGGUCAUUCCAGCGUGAAUGUGGUCAUAGAUCGAUAUAUGAACCCUGAACAUUACGCUAUGCUGAUGGCAUCUCAGGCCAACUCAGGGACCUUUCAACUCAUCGAGGCUCAUAGGAACGCCACUCUCCGUGAGCUUAACCAGCAGCUCACCCAUAUUACUGAGCAGAUGGAAUCCUUGAAGAAGCGCGCUAAGGAGCUGAAGGGUAUUCCGUGUAACUUCAGAGACGCCCUUAACUUGUUGGAUGGUCCUGUUAGGAAUAAUGUCCAUGAAAUGUCCCAGUUGGGAAAUCUCAAGAAGGCCAUGGAGAUGUUGCGAAACGUCACUACUGAACAGUCUGCUGCUAAUACUAAUAUGAAUAUGAUGAACACAUUGUCCUCCUUCUAUGGAGCCGGAGACGGAGAGGGAUCCGUUGGAGGAGGAAGAGGACUGCCUCAGCUGCCAAGUUCUCCUGCACCUGCUUCUGCUUUUGCUGCUUCGUCUUCCUCUAAUUUUCCGAACCAAGGAGGAGCAGUAACCAAUAUGCUGCAGCAACAACAACCACAACAACAGCUUCCACCUUUUGAUAACUAUCAUUAUUAUAAUCAUAAUAAUAAUGUUAAUACUUCUCCUGCUGUUGUGACUGAUAUACCUGAUUUGCAGGCUAUAAUGAAUUCUGGUGUUGGCCAUGACAAUGUGAACCAUGUGAAUAUGGGUCAUAAUAAUAUGCAGGGUAUGAUGAUGGCUACUCCUGGUGGUGGUAGUACUGUGAACAAUCUUCUUUCUCAUCAUAAUCAGAUGCAGCACCAGCAGCAAGUUAAUAAUAAUAAUAAUAAUCUGCCUGCUGCUAUGGCCUCGUUGCCUUUGCGAUCACCUCUUGAACUGCCAUUGCAGCUGCAGCAGCCUAAUCCUCAUCAGCAGUAUCAGGGGAAUAGUAGUACUUAUGGGGAUCAUCUCUUCAGCAACAACCCUAAUAACGACGACACCAAUGCUGGCUAUGACCAUCCCUUUUUCUAA